AUGGGCAGCUGCUUCUCUCGCAACCUUGACGGCUACGACCGCCGCACGGGCAUGCCCCCGGCCGGUUAUUACAAUGGGCGUGGCCGCCGGAACGGCUACUACAGCGGCCCCAACGGUCCCAACGGCAUGCCCGUCUACGACAACUACCAACAGGAGCAGUGGCGGCGGCGGCGGCGAAGACGCAAUGUUGCUGCGAUUACAGCGACUACCUCUGCAGUCGGUGGGUGA